GUUUAAGAAUAUAACACUUUUCUAAACUAAGAAUAAUUAAAAAUACAAAUCUUAAUUAACACUAUACUGAUUAUUCUAACAAAUUUAAUUAUUUCUUUCUUUAAAUUCUCAUAUUCGAUAUAAAAAAAAACUAAAAGUGAAUUCGAAUUUAAUUUUCUAACGAUUAAUCACUAAAAAAUGAAUGAACUGAAAUCAUUGAGUCCACCUGAGGUAAUUCAAAUAAUUUCUAUAUACAAUUGUAUUAAUGCUCUCAGUGAUUAUUUAUUUGAGAAUCAUUUCUUGUCUGAAGUAGAUCAAUAUAAACAAAUACCAAUAGUCAAUGCUCUUUCUCACUAUUUGGAAUAUAAUUCUUAUGAUAGAAUUGGCAAAAGCUUAUUGACUCAGGCAAUAUUAAAAAACAGUGAUUUAUAUGGAGAAAUGCCCAAUGAAAUUCUAGAUGAAUAUUAUAUGACUGCAUUAAUUAAUCAUAUUGUUGAAAUUUUUGUUUUUGAAGAUUACGGCAAUGUACAAGGAUAUUUAGCAUACAUUGUACGUAAAACUAAAUUCACAAGCACUUUGAAAAUUCAUGAGGAGUCUUACUUAGGACUUAGUUUAUUAACUUUUGAGAAUGAAGAUGGUCCAAAUUCAAUGUUGAUGAUUAAUUCAAUUAAUUAUAUUAUGCAUAAUUUAAUUGAUCCACAUUUUUUACAACUUGAUCGAAAUCAUAAUAUUUUUUCAGUUGAAUAUAUUUAUGCUCUAUCAGGUUUAUCGUUCGUACAAUCAAUGAAAUUAAUUGAUAAAGAUGUUUAUGAAAAAAAUUUGUACGAUGUUAAUAAUAAAACUCAAGCAGAUAUCAUGUAUCAACAAUAUAUAGGCAUAGCACUUUCAAUAGAGCAUGCAGUCACUGUAGAUAAAUUGGAACCGGAAGCAAUGAGAAUUUUUUCAUUUUCUGCUCUUUGCUAUUAUCUUUUUAUUGAAGAUGAUUUUGUUAAAUUAAUUGAUACAAAAGACAUAGUUGCAGACUCUUAUUACUGGUCACUAGCUUACGAUUAUUUGUUCAAAUAUUUAAGUAAUACAUUUGCUAUGGUAAAAAAAUCUCAAGAAGAAGAUUAUAAACAACAAUUUUACUUAUCUCUGUACGAGUAUAAAAAUCAUUCAGCUUUAGCCACAUUUAUUAUGCAAGAAGAAAAUUGUUUAAAUAUAAACAAUGAUGAAAUUGAAAAUUAUCAGGCAAUUCCUAACAAUAGUUUUUGUACAAAUGACAAAGAAGAACAAAUAGUAUUACCUAAUUUAAACGAAUUAUUUGAGGAACAGAAUUUAAAUAUUAAAUACAAGCAUUACAAUUUUGAAAAUAAUUCAAUUUAUGAAGAAUUUGGAGAGACAUUUAUAAAAACGAUAAAUAAUUUAACGGUUAUUAUUUAUAAAAUAAUAUGUGAUGAUUUCAAUAAUACAAGUAAAGACGAUUUCUUAAUGUUUGAUUAUCUUAACAAUACAGUUGAAUACUAUAUUUUAAGUAGAACAGAAUUAAAAUUAAAAUUAUAUAGUCAAAUCAAUAAUCCUGAAAUAUUUGUAGAACCUUUGUUUAAUUUAGAUUUAUCAAAAUCUACUGCUAUACGUUUGAAAAAUACAAUUGAAACAUUCGAUGAUUUUUCAAAUGCAAUUGCAAGUAAAAGAUCUACUACAUUAUUUGAAAAUUUAAAUAUAAUCGAAACACAUCACGUAAAAGAGAAGACAAAUUUUUGGAUUGAAUUUUCUCUUUCUCUUCUUCCAUUUUACUCAUGUAUAACAGAAAUAAAAGAACAAACUAUUCCAAUAUCAUGUCUAAUGGACGCAGUAUUUUUAAUUCCCGGUAUAGGUACUUUGUCCGGUAUUAGUUUAAAAUUAAUGUCGUCAACACUUCGAGCGUUCUUAUCUUCAGUUGGACUAACAAUACGAACUGUUACAUUAAGAUUAUCAUUUCAAUCGACAUUAAAAUUUACAGCGCGAACAGUUGGACAACAAUUUUCAGGGAUAUUUACAAAAAAAAUUGCACUAAAAGUAGGAAAAGAAUUACUUCGUAUAAUAGAUCCUGGAUUUGAAUUAAUAUAUUUAUUAUCUAAAUCAAGCAUUAAAAUAAUGAAAAUGCUCUUGAAUAUUGCGGAAAUAAAAAAUCUUAUCUCUUUUGAAUCUAUCAAAUUGUUGCUGGCAAGGGCAAGAGAAAUUCCCACAAUUAUUUCAAAAAAACUUAAUCAAUUAUAUGAUAAAGCUGAUGUUUACGUUAAUUCUCUAAGUACAUCAAAUUUUUUAAAUUCCGGAUAUAAAUAUAUUAAAAUUACUAAUAAAGAAUUUAAAGCGACAUUAAGAUCAAUUCCUUAUUCAAAUGCUAAAAAACCAGUGAUAAAAAUAGGAGCUAAUGAAUAUUCAGCAUUUGAUGUAUUGACUGGAAAAACUUAUGGACCGAAAUUAAUUCUCGAGCAUAAUAUAUUUCAACCAAAAAUAGUUCAUACUCCCUCUUCUUUUGACAAAAACGUUAAACACAUUUCAACAGCAGAUAGAAAACAUAAACUUCGAGAUCACUUUCAACGUGAAGAGUUGCAAAUUUUAAAAAUAAUAGAAAAUAAAAAAAUGCCAAAGGAAGCAGUUCUUAAACAAUUUAAACAGUACAAUUUUCCAAAUCAAGAUAACGCAAUCAAAUUUAUAGAUGAUAUAUUGAAUACUAAAAACUUAGAAGCACCCGCAUGGUGUGCAAAAUAUAAAAUAAAUGAGCCUGAACUUUUCUUUCAAUUGAAAUUUGCUAAAUACGUUGAUAAAUCAGUUGUAAUACAUUCCAAAUUAGAAAGCAGAAUCAAUCAGCUUUAUUCAUCGGUGCAAAUGCAACUACUUGGCAUCAAUGAUGCAUUGGAAAAUCUUGUUGAAAUUUACGAUAGAUUUUCUGCAUAUGAGUUAGUAAAAUUCGAGGACUUUUUGGCAAUAAAUUUUUUUUUGUUCAAUGGAUAUAAAAACAUGACAAAAAGUACAGAUAUAACUAGGCGAAUGAAGAACGCCUUAUACAGAAUAGCAAUUAGGCAAUUAGAUGAUUCUGAUGAAAAUUUCACAAAAAUUUUGUACACAUGGGAAUUAAAGUCUAAAAAUGCAUGGACGGCAAUGUCUUUAGAGACUGGUAUUGAAUUCAUAUUUAGAAGAUUUAUUUUAGCAUCGAAAACAAUACCACCAAAUUAUUCUUUUGCAGACGAUGAAAGUAAAAAAAUACUUUAUAAAAUAAAUUUCAAAGGACAAUAUUUGAGAGCAUCUAUUGAAGAACUUCAUUUUGAAGAAAAAUUUGACACGGUCCUACUUCCUGAUACUAAAUUUAAAAUAAUUAAUAUUAGAAGCCUAUCUUCGUCUUUAUACGGUACAUAUAAUGAAGUAACUUUAGAAUAUGUUUACAAUUCUGAUGAAAUAUUGAAGAGUCAACAAAAUAUUAUGACAAAAAUUAAAGAAUUAAAGAGAUCUAAUACAGUGUUUUAUCAUGAUUAUACUUAAUUAUAUUUCAUUUCAAUAAACAAUUUCAAUAAUAAAUUAA